AUGGUACCAAUGGGUAAAGAUGGCAGUAAAGGGAACAAGGAGAACCAGGACCACCAGGACCCUGGACCACGAAAUGGAGGUGUGGUCUUUAUUAGAUGGGGACGAACCAACUUUGUCCUACAAACUAAUGAUACCGAAUUACUUUACAAAGGAAAAGUUGGUGGGAGUUCUUACGAUGAAACUGGAGGUGGAGCUAACUACAUUUGUCUACCUAAUGAACCUGAGUUUCUUUCUUAUACACCUGGUACAUCUACUAUCCAGGUGUACAUCUAUGGCGCAGAGUAUGAAACUUAUCAAAAUGGUGGUCCAUUCACGUCCACUUCACAAUCACAUAUCCCUGUGUCGUAUGCUAUGUUUCCACUAGAGUAUCAUAUCUAA